UCUUGCCCGGCCUCCAUCCCUUACUCCCUCCCUCCUCGGCUGGGCCUGGGGGUCUGGGCCAGCAGUAACUUAUUAUUGCAGACAUGGGCCAAGGAUCCAGAGGCUGCCCCGAGGCCCGGGGUCCGUGAGCCGCUGUGCAAGGCUGCAGGACACAGGAUCGCCAUGGGGAUGGCUGUCCCGCACCUCCUCUGGGCAGUGCUCCUUCUUCCUCUCUGGGUUUUUGGGGUCCCCACUGAGGAGCCCACCUCUGGGGAAGCUGUAGCCUCCAGUCCCCCUGGGCACUGCCGACGGUGCUGUGACUCUGAGGAACUUCCAGCUCCUGCUGAUGCUGCAGAUGUGUCCUCGGCCUCACCGUCCAUCCUCCCAUAUGUGAUGCCUGAGGUCAGGCCAUAUGUCAACAUCACCAUCCUGAAGGGUGACAAAGGGGACCGGGGCCUGCUGGGCACGCCUGGGAAGCUGGGCAGGGAGGGUCCCCGGGGUGAGCGCGGUCCGCAGGGCACCAAAGGCGCCAAGGGGCAGGCGGGCAGCCCGGGCGGCCCGUGCCAGAUGCGCUUCUCUGCCUUUUCGGUGGGCCGCAAGACGGCCCUGCACAGCAGCGAAGGCUUCCAGCCGCUGCUCUUCGAUACGGUCUUCGUCAACCCGGAUGGGCACUUCGACCUGGCCGCCGGCCACUUUGUCGCCCCCCUGCGCGGGCUCUACUUCUUCAGCCUCAACGUGCACAGCUGGAACUUCAAGGAGACCUACGUGCACGUUGUGCACAACGAGGAGGCGGCCGUCAUCCUGUACGCACAGCCCAGCGACCGCAGCAUCAUGCAGAGCCAGAGCGUGAUGCUGGCGCUGGAGCCGGGGGACCGCGUGUGGGCGCGGCUCUUCAAGCGCGAGCGUGAGAAUGCGGUAUACAGCGAUGACGUUGACACCUACAUCACCUUCAGCGGCCACCUCAUCAAGCCCGAGGAUGAUUAGAGCCUCCGGCGGGGCAGCCCCGGUGCAGGGUGGCCGUGGGCACGUCCCAUCCCCCACAGGGCCUCGGUGCGCGCCCCUGUAAAGGGGGCCGCGCGGGGCCUGGCGUUCCUGAAGUCCCCUCUUCUUUCCUUCCCUCGCAGUCUGUUUCUGCCCGUCUCCUGUCUUGGAUGCAUUUUAAGUGGCGGUGGAACCUAAACAUUCUAGAACUUUCCCAGCCUUUUAGACCAGUGCUUCUCAAACUGGUUUUGGGAAUAUGCUUAUGAAUCCUUUGAGGAUCAUGCUGAAAUGCAGAUUCUGAUCCAGCAAGCUUGGGGCGGGCCCGGGAUCCUGCACUUCUAAUGGGUUUCUGGGUGACGCCGAUGCUGCUGGUCUGCAGAACCCAUUGGAGUAACUGGACUCUGGUUCUUUCACAACAUUCUAGUACUUCCUGAACAUUCUGGAAUCCUCCAAGGAUUCUAGAAUCUUCCCAACAUCCUUAAAUUUUCUCAUUUCUCUGUCUCGCCCCUCCCCCUUCUCACUCCCUUCUGCACCCCUAUCUGUGCAGCUGAUGCUCACUUAUUCUACACCCAACACUCACCGGGCGCUCACUCUGUGCCAGGCCCCGGGAAAGCUGGGGGUGAAUCGGAGGCAGGCCCGGCUCUGGAGAGAAUGCGGUCCAGCUGGGGUGGGGAGAUGUGGAAGGUUUCUGAGCCUGACGCGGAGAAUCGCAUGGGACUCAUCACAUACGUCUGGGUUCUGGGAGUUCAGACUCUGGCCUUUCAUUCCCCACCGCUCCCCAAGGCUGAUGGGACAGGGUCCCCGAGGUGGGGAGUGUUCCCUGCCUACUCCUCUUCUUCCUGACCAAUGUCCAUCAUUAAAGCAGACCUCUGACGGCCUUGGUCAGGUCAAGGGUGCUGUGAGGAGAGGACCCAGGGGCUCGGGGGCAUUUGGGAGUGAAGGGGGCCCCUGUGGAAGGGAGCACAGACCCAUACAGGCCCACAGGGCUCAUAUGAGCACCUGCGAGGACUUCUUCACCCCCUCCCGCCCUGCUCCCGGGACUCUGUCAAGGCCUUGCUCAGCCCGUCCUGCCGAAGGAGCAUGGGCCUCAGUUCUCCCAGGCUCCCAGCCACUGGUAGACACCGAUGUCUGUCCCCAGGUGCUCUCUGACCCUCCUUGGCCCCUCUUGCCAGUGCCAUACCCCUGGCUUUCCAAACUUUAAGGUGCUGAGGCCCUGGUGGGCAGCUCACGCCCAGCAGCGUCUCUCUGGCUUGGUGCUGCCUUUAGAAAUGGCACUGGGCAAUGGGCCAGGACAGAAGGCACCAAGCUUUGGACCCCUCAGCAGGUCUGGGGAACUGAAGCAGGCAAAAUUUCAGGUCAGUCAGGAGGACCCUCCUCUGAGCCAUGUUGCCAAGAGAGGUAUUGGGAGAGACCCAGGCCAAAUAAGGGACAUCAGGCUUUCUGUACCUUCUCCCACUCCCAGGGUGGGGCAGCCUGGCAAGCCCCGGCCUUCCUCUUCUCCCACCCACGUGGCCUGACCCUCUUCUCAGAAGGAGGCAGCCUCCACCCAUUGGUGCUUAUGCCGACUUUGGGCAGAGGGGUCUGGUGGUGGUCUCUGGUGCUCACUCACAGCCGAGGGAGCCAUGGCUGUGUGGCUGGUGAUGGCAGCCGGGCCUGACCAAGUGGAAAGGCCGGUGCUAUGCAACCACUCCCAGCCCAUCUGCACCCUGCCCUGCUUGUCCAGCGUGAUUAAAGUUUUUGUGUCUUCUUGGA